AUGGUUCGUAGCAUUUGUGGAGAAAAACCGAAGCAAUGGGAUUUCGCUCUUGCUCAAGCUGAAUUUGCCUACAAUAGUGCAGUUCAUAGUGCUACUGGGAGGUCUCCAUUCUCCAUAGUUUAUCAAAAGGUUCCAAGGCAUGCUAUCGAUUUGAUCAAGCCACCAAAGACCUACAAAGGCAAUGCUACAGCUGAAAGCAUGGCAAAGGAGUAUAAGAAGGCCGCCGACAAGUAUCGCAAGGAGCGAUUCUUUUCAGUAGGGGAUAUGGUGAUGGUGUUUCUUCGGAAAGAAAGAUUUCAAGUUGGGAAGUUAUUACAAGCUGAAGCCGAAGAAGUAUGGUCCAUACAAGGUUAUGGCUUAGGAAGUAGCUCUAGAGACGGUAGAAACAAUGGUGGUGGCAGAGGCGGUGGAGGAAGAGGCGAUGGUGGUGGAGGAGGGUUAGGCCAUGGUUGCUCUGGCUCGGGCUAUGGAUUCGAAAGUCGAUAUGGACAUGGCAGUAGGCAAGGAGGAGGUGGUGGAAGUGGAGGCUCGGGCACAAGAAACGGUUCUGGGCUCUAG